GUCAUGUUUUUGACGUGCGUGAUUUUGCAGGUGGUCGUUAUUUAAAUUUUCUACUGCAUCAAAUCGUUGAAAAGAUUUUAACUAUUAGUUCAGUGUUUAAACACGAGUGAAAUGUAAUUUUUGCUGACCGAACUAAGAUUUUCUUCAAUACUCUUCGCCUGAAUUCAAAUCUUUGAUAAAAAUGAGUACCGAAAAUUCCGAUUCAGGCGAAGCCCUACUGCUAUCGAUGGUGGCACAAUUCGACGAUAUAAAUCGUUUAAAUAAUGUUUUAAACGAUGGAGCAUCUGAAGAAUGUUUCCUAGCAUUUCUCAAGCAGAUGGACUGGGUGCGUACCCAGUGGGCAGCAGCGGAGGCGGAGAAUGUUCGCCUCCAGGGGGAAUUGGAUGAAGCUUUAAAGACCUUGUCCAAAUGGGAAAACAAAUUUGCCCAUGUCCGCAAACUGCUAGAUGGAGAGAAGAGAGAAAGGAAUAUUGUGUUGAAGAAAUAUAAUGAUUUGAGUAAGCUAUUAGACAUGGCAAGGGAUUUGCUCUUCAAUGACAACAGAGCUAAACUCAACAAUGAAACACUUCAGAAGCUCGCAUUUCUCAAUGGCACAGCGCAGCAUGAUGCUAAAAUAAAUGGAGCACCAGAGCUUAAUUCUACUGGGACUCUGUUAUCUGAGAUGUCAUAUUCUCGUUCGGAAGACGAUCUUGAUAUAUCGCUAGCAUCAACGCGCCGGUCUUGGGUGCAGCGCGGCCAGUGGAACACCAGAGAGAAACCCCCUUCCAGCAAGAAACGACGCUCGUCCACAAACUCUUCUGCUACUAAGACGGUGGAGCUGCAGGGCGGCAAGGUGCUGGCCACCGCCACCACCACACUCACGCUGGAGCGCGCGCCCGCCGCGCACGACCUCAAGCCGCCGCAGAACUUCCAACCGAUAUCGGAGAGCAGCGACGAGGGUCCGCCGGCGCGCAAGGCGACGCGCACCCCUCCGCGCGCGCAGCCGGCGCCCGCAGUGCCCUCAGCACCGCCCAUCACUGAAUCGGAGAGUGCCUCGGACACACCCCGCAUGCCGCCGCAAAGGACCCCGUCGGUGGUGUCGGCAGCUUACGGCGGCUCGCCGAGGGUGCGGCCGCGCCAACACAACUUCGUCGCCAAAAACUUCUACAAGCGGGAGACGUGCGGCCCUUGCGGCAAGACUAUAAACUUCGCGAAAGUGGGUGUAAAAUGCGAGCACUGCCGCGCGCAGGCUCACCCAGAGUGCCGCGCCCUGCUGCCGCUGCCCUGCGUGCCGCCCGGGAAACUGAGCGCCAAGCAGGAGGGUUGCAUAGCGGACUUUGCGCCAACCACUCCGCCAAUGGUGCCAGCUUUGCUCGUACACUGCAUCAACGAAGUGGAGAAACGAGGCUUGUCGGAAAAGGGCAUCUACCGCCUCUGCGCCGUCGAUAAGGAAGUCAAACGACUCAAGGAACGAUUCCUUCGCGGUUGCGGCUCCCCGCAGCUCUCAAACGAAGAUAUCCACGUGAUUUGCGGCUGCAUCAAGGACUUCUUACGCUCAUUACGCGAACCACUCAUCACACACGCGCUGUGGGGCGACUUUAUGCACGCGGCUACUCUGUGCGAGCCCUCUGAUGCCACAGCCGCCAUAGUACAGGCCGUCAGCGAACUGCCACAGCCUAACAGAGACACCCUGGCCUUCCUGCUGCUACAUCUGCAGAAGGUAGCGGAGAGUCCCGAGUGCGAGAUGGGUAUAGACAACUUGGCGAAGAUAUUCGGGCCCACUGUGGUUGGCUUCGGCAUGGCCAAGCAGGCUGCUGAAAUGUACACGGCCACGGCCAAGAUGUUCAAUGUGAUGCAGCUGUUGCUGCGGCUGCAGAGCGAGUACUGGUCGCAGUGGGCGUGCCCGCCCGACCCCGCGUCGCCGCGCUCGCCGCCCACCGCUCAGCGCCCCGGGUUCUUCUUCUCGCCCCGCGACACGCCGACUACAAGGAAAAAGCGCAACUAUUUCCAGUAAACCAAAAAUGACUACAAGGAAAAAGCGCAACUAUUUCCAGUAAACCAAAAAUGUAAAUUGAACGUGAUUUCAAUCAAGAGGAUUAUUAUUUAAGUUUGUUCAUAAGAGAACCUUUAUUUAACCAUUACUAACAAACUUUUGCCUUAAUUUAUGAUAAUAAAUGUUUGAGAUAUAGCAGUAUACUAAUAUUUAGUUUGUAAUACUAAUAUAUUCUCUAGGUACUUAAUACUUAUCUAAAUAUAACAAAUUAGAUUAUUUUUGUACUUUUAUGCCUAGUUAUUUUUUAUUCAGAUACAAGUUAGCCCUUGACUGUAAUCUCACCUGGUGGUAAGUGAUGAUGCAGUCUAAGGUACGCUUACACGGGCAAUUUUGUCAAUUAUGACGUCACACGGACCACAUGAAGCAAUUUAUUGCAAUACCUAGCAAUACCUGAAAAUUUCAGCAAAUCCUAUGCAUAAUAAUAGCUCCAGAUUACUCAACUUAUUGCCCCAAAUUGGUUUCAUUGGAAAGGCAAUAAAGCGAAGAUGAUUUUCGACCACUAAAUCAAUGCACUAAAUCAGGCACAUUCUUUGUUAAAUAUAAGUAGCACACGCAGGAUAUCCGCUAGCGAUUUAUAAAACACCCUGUGUAUAAUAUAUAAGUAUUUCUAAAACAGAUCAAAUACAUCAUUGUUUUUGUACCCUUUAAGUAUAUAGUUUUAAUUACUAUGAUUACGUAUUCACAAUUGCUUCUUUAUCAAUAAUACUCUAGAAUUUAGCUCUUAAUUUAAAAUGUACUUAAUUUAGUAGUAUUUUUUUUUUUGUGAAAUAAGCUAAAGAUAUUUUACUGUACUGCUUUACUAUCGAAACACAUUCGACGAUAUUCUAAAAAAAAUAGGGACAAUUCUUGUAUCAUGUUUUUUUUUUAGUUCUUAGAUUUAUAAAUAAUUUAAGUUUGUGGGUGAAUAUUUUGUUUAUAGCAUUAGUUUUAUGGUAAACAAUUUUCCGUUAAGCGACGUCACGCCACCGCCUAAGUUCGUAAUAUUUAGUUUUGUUGUAAAUAAUGUUUAACACCCCCCUUAUUCAUAGACAUGCUGUCGAUGCUCAUGCAAAAUCCGCUAUGGGGAGAAUUACAUUUUCAUGAGAAACUACUAAAGGACCAUGGGCAUUUUUUUGUAUGAUUAGUAUGCUCAAAUGAUGAAACCUAUGUUAUAUCUCUAAAAAUGUACUUCAUUCCAUUAUAUGGCAGGUAAGUUCAAAUCCUACAUGAAAAUGACUUUUUAGUAAGUUUAAAAAAAAAAUGUCUUUAAAAAAGUACCAAAACACCAUUUUCGCGCUAAAUACGAAUUUAGCUGUCAUAUAAUUAAAUGAAGUAAAUCCCAAGAGCUUUUAUUAGGCAUAGGUCUCACAUUACUGUUAGACAAUAUUUAACAGUUAGGCCUAAAAUGACGUAUGGUCCUUUAAUUUUUCGAAAAAAAUUCUCUUAGGUCAAAAUGAUGUAGCUAAAAAUGUUAUCUCUUGAACUAGCACAAGUAUAGUUUACACGAAGAAUGGGGUUAUGCAGGCAAACGUGCUUUAUCAAACUGAAUAGAAUGGCAUCAAAACCGAAAAUUCUAAAAAAAUCACAUAGCUGAUUUUGCAUACGCUUGAAAAUACAUAAAUAGUUGAAACAUUUAGCAUUUUCAUUUUAAUGUGUUAAGAUGUAAAUAAACUAGUGUACAAUGCAAAUAAAGUAUAAAAAAUAGGAAAAUCAAUGACCUUGAUCUGUCUUGAAAAGUAUGAUUUGCAAGGAAAAUACUUUGCAUAUACAUAACUUUUAAAAUCAAAUUAAAAUGUUGAAUAUUUAAGUAUUUCAUGUCAAGACUGUUCAUCAUCAGAUCAUGUCAUCAAUUCGGAAAAUAGAUUCUACUAAAAGCCUGAGAAGAGUUGCUCACUUAUAGUCAUUCUUAUUCUUUUUUGGGGUUCCAUACCCGAGCGGUGCCAACGGGACCGGGACCCUAUUACUGACUCAUUUGUCCGUCAGUCUGUCAGCGGGCUGUAUCUCGUAAACCAUAAUAUGUAGAGGUGAAAUUUUCACAGGCUUUGUAUAGUGUACUGCUAUGACAACACAUAAUAAAAAUUUCAAAAUGGCCGCCAUGUAAAUAAUAAUAUUAAAGUGUAUAAUCUUGUACGAUGGUACGGAACCCUUCGUGUGCGAGUCCGACUCGCACUUGACCGGAUUUUUGAUUGUAUACUAUUGUGACUACAACACACUGGUAAACUUGUAAUCGACCAAUUUAUCGGAGCGGCAAAAUAAGGUGGGUUUGAUAACGCAGUUCUUUCUAUUAUAGUUCAACUAUAUUAGAAAGUUAAUUAAAAUUAAUGUAGUAUAGUUUAACUACUUCUUUAAUAGUUUAACUAUACCUACUGUGUAUUUCUUAAUUUGCUCUAAUUUUUCUUUAAAAAUAUUGUUUAAAAAACCUUCGUAGUUUAUUUUGUAGUGCGUAUCAAAUUGAUCACAAUUAAUUCCUAGUCAUUGACUAGCUUCAAAUACUUGUUUGUAUUAUUAAUAGUUAGGUAUGUAGUUUUGUUUUUCUUUUUUCACUCCAAAGUACAUUGACUUUUGUAUUCUUUAGUUGUAGAUUUGUCAAAUUAAAUAAAAUCAUGUAAAACGAAA